AUGUCUGCCCUUCCACGAUUCUGGUCGCAACCUUUGCGGUACUUCCGAUGGGCUGCAAUUGAGAAGCCAGCUAUCUUCUACUCCCUCAUUAUCGGUACUAUGGGACCUGUCACUAUCGUUGUUGUGCCACCGAUCAGGAAGUGGUUGGGAGAUGGACCAAGACCGGAGAUACCACUCACGUACCCAAUUCCUACGACGCCCAGAAAGACGCUCGAUGGCUACGAUGAUUAGAAUUCAACCAGGGAUUAUGGAGAUGAGGAUGCAUGACAAAGGAGCAUAUUGUACAUAGGAUGGCGUUAGACAAUGGAAGACUCUUCGAUACCUGCAUUAGCACAUUCUCAAUUAGAGCAUAGCUCUGGAUUUGUUCAUACUACUUGUACCUCGAUGUUGUUACCGUGCCAAAGGUAUCUGGAAAGGAGAUGAGAGCGCUAUGGAAACGUUGGGCAAGGUUCCAUGCAUGUUUCUCUGGCCUGUGGAGAAAGGUCUUGCACAACUCAUUACCAUGAAUUCCCUAUUCUUGAGCAUGUCCUUUGCUAUGAAUCUGCAGAAGACUAUAGGUGUCUUGGACCCGUUAUGUUUCUGUGAACUUUGAUGUUCCUUUCCACAGCGUAUGGGGAACAGAAAUUGCCAUGUCCAGCAAGUAUUCUUAAGUCAGGGAUGUACAAGAAGCAGAAAUUGUUUGAUUGGUAUUCUACGGAGGGAGAGC